UGACCUGAUGGAUUCAUUCAGCGUGAAGCAGAUUUUUGGAAUGAAAGAAGAUGGGGUUCAGAGUGCUUAUGUACGGCUUGGAAGCUUUCCUGUUGUUCAGAGAACUGAGGAUGUAUUUCCACAAGGCCUGCCUGAUGAAUAUGCCUUUGUAACUACCUUCAAAUUCCGGAAGGCUUCCAGGAAGGAAGACUGGUAUAUCUGGCAGAUUAUUGACAAGUAUGGCAUACCACAGGUGUCCAUCAGGCUGGACGGGGAGAGCAGAGCCGUGGAGUACAACGCCGUGGGGCUGGCCAGGGACGCCGUCCGGGCGGUGUUCAGCAGCGCGCGCGUCGCGGACCUCUUCGACCGCAGCUGGCACAAGAUCGCCCUCAGCAUCCAGGCCAAGGCUGUCUCCCUCUACAUAGACUGCAAGCUGGUGCAGGUGCUGCCCAUCGAGGACAGGGAGAACAUUGACAUUCAAGGAAAGACUGUGAUUGGCAAGCGCUUGUACGACAGUGUCCCCAUUGAUUUUGAUCUCCAGCGGAUGGUGAUUUACUGUGACUCCCGGCACGCCGAGCUGGAGACCUGCUGCGACAUUCCCUCUGGACCAUGCCAGGUCACGGUCCUGACAGAAGCACCUCCCCUGGAAGUGAGGCCCACUGUUGGCAGUGAGCAAGUUGGACAUCUCAAGAUUUUCAACUGCUCCUGCCCUCCUGGACAAAAGGGGGAGAGGGGUCCACUUGGCUUUGAAGGUCCCAAAGGUCAAAAGGGAGAAAGAGGCAUCCCAGGGCUUCCUGGACUCCGAGGAGAAAAAGGAGAGUCAGGCAAAGCCUAUGGCAUAGGAGAAAAAGGAGAAAAGGGUGAAGAAGGCUUUCCUGGCUUUCCUGGACUGAAAGGGGACAAAGGAGAAAAAGGUUCCCUGGGCUCACCUGGCCCCCCUGGGAGGGAUGGAGCAAAAGGAGAAGCUGUAAGCCUUUUUGUUCCUCCCAUGUAA